CGUGCCCCUCCCCAUCGCACCAGCUACCUCCCUGCGGCUGCUUUGCAUCGCCUCGCCUCGCCUCGCUGGCCGUUAGGGCAAGGCGGCAGGGCCGCGGGCGGUGAGGCGGGGCGGGGGCCUACGGUGGGGGCGGCGAGCGGCAGGCGGCAGGCGGCGAGGCCGCCCUAGUAAAGGAUGAUAUACACGGCGAUCGACACGUUCUACCUGACGGACGAGCAGCUGCGCGACUCGCCGUCGCGGAAGGAUGGGAUCGACGAGGCCACCGAGACCGCGCUCCGCGUCUACGGCUGCGACCUCAUCCAGGAGAGCGGCAUCCUCCUCAAGCUACCACAAGCGGUGAUGGCCACGGCACAAGUACUGUUCCAUCGCUUUUACUGCAAGAAAUCAUUUGUUCGAUUCAGUGCAAAGAGAGUUGCUGCUAGCUGUGUUUGGCUGGCAGGGAAGUUGGAGGAGAGUCCCAGGAGAUCAAAGCAUAUUAUAUUUGUCUUCCACAGAAUGGAAUGUAGGAGAGAAAACUUGCCUAUCGAAUUCUUAGAUGUUUUUUCAAAGAAAUAUUCAGAACUGAGGCAUGACCUGAUACGGACAGAACGACAUCUGUUGAAGGAGAUGGGGUUUAUUUGCCAUGUCGAGCACCCCCAUAAGUUCAUAUCAAACUACCUUGCAACACUUGAAGCCCCUCCUGAGCUUACUCAAGAGGCAUGGAACCUUGCCAAUGAUAGCUUAAGGACAACUCUGUGUGUGCGAUUUAAGAGUGAAGUAGUAGCAUGUGGAGUUGUGUAUGCUGCAGCUAGGAGACACCGUGUACCCCUUCCUGAAGAUCCUCCGUGGUGGACUGUCUUUGAUGCUGAUGAAGCAGGAAUUCAGGAAGUUUGCAAGGUUCUUGCUCACCUCUACAGCCUGCCCAAGGCUCAAUACAUUCCAGUGUAUAAAGACAAUGAUUCCUUUACUGUUAGGAGAAUCUCUGAUCCACAGGCUUCAAAGGAAAGUCCAGCAAGUGCUGUUGCUAGCGAUAAGGGUACCCCCAUACCCUCAAGUUCUAGCCAGGAGAAGGAUUCAGUGACUAAGACUAUACUAAACAAGGUGAAGGAAAAAAGUGAUGACGAAGGUAAACCAUUACCCGCUGAACUUGAUGGAAAAGAAAACUUGGUGGUGAACUCGAAAAAUGAGAAGUCUGAUUCUGGUGUUGACCGGAGUCGGGAAAGAGAAAGAGAGAGAUCAAGAGGGCGGGAACGUGAUGCCAGGGGUAGGGAUUCGGAUCGUGAUAGCAGGGGUCGUGACUCUGAUCGCGAGAGGGACCGGAGACGUCGCUCUAGGGAAAGAAGUUCAGGACACUCAGACAAGGAGAAAUCAAGGCGACAUUCAUCACGAGACCGGGUUGACUACUACAGUUCGCAUUCAUCUCGUGAAAAAGAUCGGCACAGGCACCAUUGAUCAAGGUGAGGAGGAUCCCGAUCUGCAGGGCAUCGCUGCAUGGAGACCACCACUUGGCAGUGCCGACCCAAUCAUGAAAACUUGUGGAUUACCAUCAUCCCAUUGGUGGUUGCAUUGGCUUCAUUGUUUAUGCACCUUGGAUUUUGUAACUUGCAAGAUAAGCGAGCUGUGAAAAACUUGGAUUUGUAGAAACUUAAACGAAGGAUAUAUAUAUAAGAUAAAAUUGGCGCAGGUGCACACUGAACUGCCAUUUCCAGCAGAGCUUGUGGAAUGUUAUAAAAAAACAGAGCAUGUGGAAUGUUUGUGCCGUCAUGGUAAACGUUUGUGUGGAUUUGGCCAUGGUACAUCCACAUAACUUAUUGAGGUUGGCGAACAAACUGUUAAACUUGUUCUCA